UGCCACAGCAACCACCAAGGAGAAAUCUGUGCAGGUCCUGAUGCUACGGCGCUACCGCAUUGAGAGGGAUGCAGCAGUCCGACUCGAGCAGAUGGGACCACGAGAUCGGCAGUGACUCACCAACUGUAAGCAAAAUAAUUCUGGGGACACACAGAGGGAAAAGCUGACGAUAGGCUUGGGUUACCGUGGAUUUUGCAAGAGGACACUUUCGGUCGCCGGUUUACGGUGGAUUUUAUGUUCAGUCGACCAAAGGGAGAGAGUGUUCCUGGGCCCUGCCUCAGUCCCUCUUCAGCAGCAACCCCACCGUGGGUCACCUGAACAGCAGCCUGCUUCACCGUGCUUACCAAUCAACAGCCUCUUUUGACCAGCAUGAAUAGUCUUUCUCUGUAGCAAUAAAUAGCUCUCAUAGUUUCUUUGACAUUUUAAAACCAUUCGGGCUAUCUUGCUCCAAAAAGAAAAUAAAUAUUCAAGCCUCUUGGAUUUGAGAUUUAUCACGGGAGGAUAAUCUCAGGAAUUCUCAGACCAACUCUCCGAAGGAACAGUAUUUUAUUUUUUGCCCCUGACGGUGAAGAGCAAGUGGAAGUGGGGCGGUGAGAGAAAUGCCCAUGUAUGUGCACGGCGGAGGUUGAGGUGGAGGUCAAGGCUCGCGCGAUGGCUGGGUUUUCUGGGUCAGCGAGCGGGAGCAGAAGAGGGUCUGUGGAGGGGAGGGCUCUGGGGUAGGACGCCUUUGGCCUGGGGACUGAGUCACAGAGUGCUGGCCCCUCCUCCAUCUUCCCCAGAAAACCUGUGACCUUGUGCUGCACCAGCAGAGGAGCAGAGGGGUUCUGCGCCAACUCCGACUGUGAUCUCGACUAUUUCCGUUAUCCUUCAGGGCAUAUCAAUAAAGAACCCGGAAUAUCCGGGUCUGACAUCAGGGCAGGCUUAUUAAGCAAUCUGUGCAUGCGUUUGUAGGGUAAUACUUUUCACAAACAAGUGCUCUUGACAUAAUUUAGCCCACGAAGCAAGUCCUCAUUUUGUGUUUUUUUGGGGGGGAUUUAAAAAGUGGACGCAACACCACCACCGCAGCUACGGAGCCAAAAACCUCAUUUAAAAACCACACUUUGAGUGCGACGCAAGGAUAGUCUACAGGAGAGACCGGCAGUUACUAGCAGACUACAUUAGCGGCCAACGGCAGCUCACGGACUCUCCCGGAGAGACCAGUGGCCGUAGCGGCCAGUAUUUCCCCAUUGCAGUUUGCCACCCCGUGCCCUGGACACCCCUCCCCCGGCCGGCAUGAGUCAGAAGCAGGACUCGGAGGCUGGGAGCCCCCAGCCCCGGGUGUACACCAUGGAGGAGCUGGAGUGCAAGAUCUGCUACAACCGCUACGAUGCGCGCACCCGCAAGCCCAAGGUGCUCAGCUGCCUGCACCGCGUCUGCGCCAAAUGCCUGAAGAAGAUGGUGGAGAUGGGAGACUCCUCCCCCAGCAUCAUCAGCUGCCCGUUCUGCCGCCACGAGACCCACGUGCCCGACGAGGAGAUCUGGCUGCUGCAGGACGACAGCAACAUCCUGGCCAUCCUCACCUACCAGGACCGGGCGCGGAAGGGCGGGGCGGUCGCCGCGGCGACGACCCCCGGCGAGGUGGUGCUCACCCCCAACGGCCUGAGCGGCGGCGGGGGCGGGGUCUGCACUGGCGCUGACCAAUCGCACAGCUCCUCCGACUGCCUGGUCAUCACCAUCAUGGAGGUCCCGGGUGAGUCUCAGGCCUCGGAGACCAUGGGCAUGCUGAACAUGGUGCGGCUGUACCGGCCGCCCAGCCUGGACUCGCUGCCCUGCCACCUGCCCGUCCACAAGUGCCGUAUGUGGACCUCCAGGGCCUUCCCCCGCUUCCUCAUCGGCGUGCUCUGCCUCAUCUACUUCUGCUCCCUGCCGCUGGGCAUCUACCUGCUGAUGAUCCAGCAGCUUACCCUGGGUGUGAUCCUGGUCAGCCUGGUGCCCUCCACCCUGGUCCUCUGCGUCUUCUAUGGCUUCUGCCAGUGCCUGUGUCACGAGAUCAUGGAGUCCAUCGCCACAUAGCCUCCGCUCAGCGCCCCUUACCAGUGCCGCUGCCCCACGUGUCGAUCCGGGGAGUCCACCAGGCUAGAACCCCCGAAAAACUCAAACUCGAUACCUGAACCGUCCACCUCGCUAAACUGCCCUCAACCUCUUCUCAGACCCAUUCCAGGUUUUGCUUAAGUGUACCAGAAGUCCUCUUUGCUACCGCGGUGCCAGAGGCGGGUGGCUGGGAUUGGAAAGAAGCGUCCUGCAUCCCAGUUCCCUGCUGCUGCAAUGCCCGCAAACUUCCGACGAUAAAAACGGACGAGAGCGGACGUUUCUCUCACACGCCGAGAUCCAGGUUCACGGGACGGUUCUGCUCUGGAAUGAGAGGGUGGCUGUCAAUUAUUAUUUCAUUAUUUCAAAAAAAUUAAAAAAAACUCCCGAGAUGCAUCAGAUGGCAGGAAAUUUGUGGUUGUGAAUAUUCCCCAAAAUGGGCUUCAGCUAUAACUGUGAUCACGCGAUUGUGUUAUGAUAGAGAACGGUGAAAACAAGCAUUCUCACAUUGUACUGUGCGAACUGCAUACAGUGUUAAAUAGCUCUGCAGAAAUUUCCUAUCCUAUGUUACUUGUGAGUGGUUCAUUUUCUAAAACUCACACUAUGUACGUGUAUGGAUACCUACAGCAUAGAGUGUUCAUAUAUUUUUUCAGAGUUUGGAGUUGCCAUUGUAAGGCAUGUCUGUGACACAGCAGUAAUUUUGCAUCAUGAGUCUGUCUUUGUAACUGCAGAACGGGAAUGGACAAUACACCUUAGAACCGCCAAAACUGUUACAACUCUUACUAGAUACUUCAAUAAAGAUUCAAAACACUU